UCACAUAAACUCUUAUAAAUAUUUAUUCUCUACAGGUUUGGAUGUUUCUUACCUUCACAUUAUACGCUGGAAAGGGCAUGGUGAUGAAAUUGACAAAAGGGUGCAAAUGUAAACAUGGUUGGAAGAGACUUCUCUAAGGAAAUGAUAUUUAAGCUGAAAUGUAAUGCAUGGAAAGGGCCAAGGGAAGAAUAUAAUGGCAAAAAGAAAAUCAGUCCAUCUCAAGAAUUAAUACUAUAAAGAAAACCUGAUGGGACUUCUCCAGAUUGUCCCCUGCCGAUUAAUUUCCCAACUGUAUUGUGGAUUGAAGUCUCCAGUUGCCACAGGAACCAAGAUUUGCCUAACAAUGGCUCGUCCAAGUUCAAGUAUGGCCGAUUUUCGGAAACUUUUUGCAAAAGCAAACCACAUAGUCAUCAUUUCAGGGGCUGGUAUUAGUGCUGAAAGUGGGAUUCCAACUUUCAGAGGAGCCGGAGGUUAUUGGAGGAAAUGGCAAGCUCAGACCCUGGCCACUCCUGAGGCCUUUGCCCAAAACCCGUCCCUGGUGUGGGAGUUCUACCACUACCGGAGGGAAGUCAUACUGCGCGUGAAGCCAAACCCCGGGCACCUCGCCAUCGCUGAGUGUGAGGCCCGGCUGCGUGAGCAGGGCCGCCGGGUCAUGGUCAUCACCCAAAACAUCGAUGAGCUGCACCGCAAGGCUGGUACCAAGAACCUUCUGGAAAUCCAUGGUAGCAUAUUCAAAACUCAAUGCACUUCUUGUGGGGCUGUGGCUGAGAAUUACAAGAGUCCAAUUUGUGAAGCUUUUGCAGGAAAAGGUGCUCCAGAACCCGAAACACAAGAUGCCAGAAUCCCAUUGGAGAAACUUCCCCGGUGGGAACUUCCUCCUUGGUUUAUCCUGCUGCCAUGUUUGCCCCCCAGGUGUCUGCCAGGGGCGUGCCAGUGGCCGAAUUUAACAUGGAAAUCACCCAAGCCACAAACAAAUUCAGGUUUCAUUUCCAGGGGCUCUGUGGUAGGACCCUUCCUGAAGCCCUGGCUCCUCAUGAAACAGAGACAGUUUCUUAAUUGUCCUGGGAAGGAAGAGAUUAUAGUACAUCUAAGUACCAGGCCACAAACAGAUGACACACAAUCUUGUGGAUGGGAGCUGAAUAUUGGAAGAUCUAAAAAUAGUCUCUGAUUUCCUGGCUGGGAUCCAACCUGUUGAUAAGUGGUAGGGGCCUUAGAGGUAACUGUAGCAAAUAUAGUUACAAGAAGUCAGAGAACUGUAAAGUUAAUGCAUGUUAUUUGGUUUGAACUUAAACAUAACAUACCUCUGAUCCUCUGAUGUGUUUGAUUGAUUAUUGAGAGGGGGAAAUUCUAAUUAGAUUGUCUUAAAAAUGUAAUUAUCCCAAUCGUAUUUUUGCUAUUUGUCAAAGAUAGUAGUAGAAAGGUAAAACAUUGCUAUUUCUGACUUUUAUACAAAUUUUGAUGGAAAAUAAAAUCACUCUCUACAGGAGGUAAUAUAUGGUA